GCAUACGUCCAGUAAGCCGAGAUUCCCCAGGAAGUGCACCAGCUGGGAAGCGGACAAUAGUGCAGGAGAAAGACAAAGAAAAUGAUACUGCAUCCAAGAGACCGAAAUCCGUGGAGGACAACAAACUUGUCAAUGACCAGACCUACCAGUGUCCAUACUGUAACUACAGCAGUAAAGACGCCAAUCGGAUCCAGGUGCACGUCAUGUCCCAGCACUCUAUGCAGCCUGUCAUCAGCUGCCCUCUCUGCCAAGAUGUCCUCAGCAACAAGAUCCAUCUCCAGCUUCACCUGACCCACUUGCACAGCGUGUCUCCUGACUGCGUUGAGAAGUUACUCAUGACGGUUUCUCUACCUGAUGUUAUGGUGCCGAAUAACAUGCUGCUGCCAGCAAAUACUCAAGAUAAACUCCAUCUACUGCCCGAAACCACUUCAGCAGUUACCCCGGAGGUGACUGGGAAGUCAUCAGGUGAAAAUUUCCUAGAGGAGAAGCCAAACAUAGCACAAACCAACUCAAAGGUUGAGCUGGACCUUAAGAAUGAGGACGUCAAGCCACCAAAGGAAGCUUCAGAAGCACCAGACUGGAAGAAGGGUAGCAGCGAGGACUUGAAAAGCACUGAAUCCUUGCACGAGCAGUUGACUGAACUGCAGAAACGGCAGCAACUCUCGGUCUCUGACAGGCAUGUCUAUAAAUACCGCUGCAACCACUGUAGUCUGGCUUUCAAGACUAUGCAGAAGCUUCAGAUACAUUCCCAGUACCACGCUAUCCGGGCUGCAACAAUGUGCAGCCUCUGCCAGCGCAGCUUCCGUACAUUCCUUGCUCUUAAGAAGCACUUGGAAAAUGGCCAUCCCGAGCUUACAGAGUCCGAAGUGCAGCAGCUGUGUGGAAGCCUGCCUCUUAAUGGAGAUCUCUGCACAGAAAGCGAGUACAGAGCUCUGGAAGAAGCACAGGCUAUGGAGCAGGAACUUGAAAAAGAGGAUGAUUUGGACCAGGAAGGAAAAGCAAGCCCUGCAGGCAGCGACAGUAGUUCAUUACCGGACGAGCUGGGCUCUGAGCCAAAGCGGACUUUGCCUUUUAGGAAGGGCCCAAAUUUCACCAUGGAAAAGUUCCUGGAUCCUUCGCGUCCAUACAAAUGCACCGUGUGUAAGGAGUCGUUUACUCAAAAGAACAUUCUCUUGGUUCACUAUAAUUCUGUUUCUCAUUUACACAAGUUGAAGAAGGUUCUUCAGGAGGCCUCCAGCCCUGUUCCACAGGAGACCAACAACAGCAUAGAUAACAAACCCUACAAAUGCAAUAUUUGCAAUGUUGCUUACAGCCAAAGCUCAACAUUGGAAAUUCACAUGAGGUCUGUGCUGCACCAGACCAAAGCCAGAACUGCUAAAUUAGAAAACAGCAGCAGCAGCAGCGUCACAAGUGGAAACAGUGUAGUGGCACCAGCCAACAGCCCAGUUUCUGCCAACCAAGGAACUGUGGAAUCUGCAUCUUUACCAUCAAUCAGCAGCAGCAAAGAUAACAAUGUAGAUGCCAAAGAAGUCACUAAAAAGCAAACUUCUGAUCUACUUUCGGCUCAAACAUCACAUCAGCCUCCUCAGUCACCAGCACAACUUUCAAUGCAAUUGCAGCACGAGCUACAGCACCAGGCAGCUUUCUUUCAGCCCCAGUUUCUUAACCCAGCUUUUUUACCUCAUUUCCCAAUGACCCCAGAGGCUUUGUUGCAGUUCCAACAACCUCAAUUCCUUUUCCCAUUCUACAUUCCCGGAACAGAGUUUAGCCUCAAUCCCGAGUUAGCUUUGCACUCGGCCACUUUCGGGAUGCCUGGAAUGACCGGAUCACUACUGGAAGACUUGAAGCAGCAGAUGCAACAGCAGCACCAGGUGGGUCAGCAACAGCUGCAGCUCCUACAACAGCAGCCUUCUCAGCCUCAAAUCCAACAACCGCUUCAGAAACCGCCAUCUCAGGCUAACAAGCUGGCAAAAGUCGAUCAGAUAAAUGUGGUGACAUCUGAAAUUUACAGCUCCAAAGACAAUGAAGAUUCACUGGAGAAAGUAGACAGCAGAAUGAAGCCAGACUUUCAAAAUGAGAGUGAAACUGCAAAAGAAAACAAAGACCCCAAAAGGCAGAAAAAUCUUGAACCACUCUUACCUCCUCCUCGGAUUGUUUCUGGAGCAAGGGGGAAUGCCGCUAAAGCCUUACUAGAAAACUUUGGCUUUGAGUUGGUCAUCCAGUAUAACGAGAAUCGUCAGAAAGGUCAGAAAAAAGGAAAAAGUGUUGACGAAGAAAUCAGUGACAAAUUAGAAUGUGGGACGUGCGGAAAACUGUUUUCUAAUAUGCUCAUCUUGAAAAGCCAUCAAGAGCACGUCCAUGGUCAGUUUUUCCCAUAUGGUGAGUUGGAAAAGUUUGCCAGGCAGUACAGAGAUGCUUACGAUAGACUGUAUCCCAUUACACCAUCGUCUCCAGAAACUCCUCCUCCUCCACCACCUCCUCCUGCAUCCUCACAGCCGUCAUCUGCCGGAGCUGGAAAGGUCCAGACACCAGCAUCUACGCCGGUUCCAUUGCAGGCACCGCCUCCCCCACCUCCACCUCCUCCACCUCCGCCUCCACCACCACCUCCAGCUACCCCAGCCCAGGUCCAGCUGCCUGUUUCAUUAGACCUUCCUCUUUUUCCUCCUCUGAUGAUGCAGUCAGUACAGCAUCCAGGUUUGCCUCCUCAGCUUGCCCUUCAGCUUCCCACAAUGGACUCCUUGUCUGCAGACCUUACACAGCUUUGUCAGCAGCAGCUGGCCUUAGAUCCAAACUUCCUAAGACAUUCUCAGUUCAAAAGACCACGCACCAGAAUUACAGAUGACCAGCUGAAAAUUCUACGAGCCUACUUUGACAUUAAUAAUUCUCCCAAUGAAGAACAGAUACAGGAAAUGUCUGAAAAAUCUGGUCUCCCACAAAAAGUUAUCAAGCAUUGGUUUCGCAACACUCUUUUUAAGGAGAGGCAACGAAGCAAAGACUCUCCAUAUAACUUCAGCAUUCCACCCGUCACAACUUUGGAAGAUGUUAGGAUUGAUUCUCAGCUGAGUAGCCUGGAGUACUACAGAACAGAUGCAACCAUGAAUAAGAGGUCAUCAAGAACAAGAUUUACAGAUUACCAGCUUCGGGUCCUUCAAGAUUUUUUCGAUACAAAUGCUUACCCAAAAGAUGAUGAAAUCGAGCAGCUGUCCACAGUUCUAAAUCUUCCCACACGGGUGAUAGUUGUCUGGUUCCAGAAUGCUCGACAGAAGGCACGCAAGAGUUAUGAGAACCAGGCGGAUGCCAAGGACAAUGAGAAAAAAGAGCUAACAAAUGAGAGGUACAUUCGAACCACUAACAUGCAGUACCAGUGUAAAAAAUGUAAUGUGGUGUUUCCCCGCAUUUUUGACUUGAUCACUCAUCAGAAAAAACUGUGCUACAAAGAUGAAGAUGAUGAUGGACAAGACGACAGUCAAUCGGAGGAUAAUGUUGAUAUCAGUGAGCAUAUGCUUUCCAAGCAUCCACACUUUUCAGGACAGCCAGAUUCAUCCAAGGCUAUCAUUGGAACCACCAGCUCCGGUUCUGGCUCCAGUACUCCUCUGAUGCCUUCUCCAAAGCCUGAAAUUGGGAAAACGUCACCAAAACCUGAUUUUCCAAUAGACAAACCAAAGCAAGCGGAGAGCGUUCCAAACUCCCAAGGGGUUAAAUAUAUAAACUCCUCUGAAUCUCAGCCACCCCAACCAACAACACCUCAACCUCAGCAACCAAAACAACCCCUGCAGCAAAUUGCUAGACCUCAUUCUCAGCCACUGAGUGCGGCCGUCCCCUCCAGCCCACUGCCCAUUGCCAUCGCCUCUUUACAGAAUAGUCUACCUCCUCAGAUGUUACAGUACCAAUGUGACCAAUGUAAAAUUGCCUUUCCAACGGUAGAACUGUGGCAGGAGCACCAGCACAUGCAUUUCUUAGCAGCUCAAAAUCAGUUUCUUCACUCACAGUUUUUAGAGAGACCAAUUGAUAUGCCGUACAUGAUCUUUGACCCCAACAACCCCCUAAUGACUGGGCAACUCCUAACUGGCGCUCUUUCACAAAUGUCAUCUCAGACCAGUGCAUCCCUGUCCACACCCACUGGUCCAGGUUCAGGUUCAAUGAAACGAAAAUUGGAUGAUAAAGAGGAUGGCAGUUCUAACGAAAAAGAUGGCGGAAACAGCGGUGAAGAUCAGCACCGUGAUAAACGGUUGCGAACCACCAUUACGCCAGAACAGCUUGAGAUUCUGUACGAGAAGUACUUGCUGGAUUCUAAUCCAACAAGGAAAAUGCUGGAUCAUAUCGCUCGAGAGGUUGGCUUGAAGAAGAGAGUGGUGCAAGUGUGGUUUCAGAAUACUAGAGCUCGAGAGAGAAAAGGGCAGUUUCGGGCAAUGGGUCCAGCCCAGUCUCACAAAAAGUGUCCAUUCUGCCGUGCUCUCUUCAAAGCCAAGUCUGCCCUUGAAAGUCACAUCCGUUCACGGCAUUGGCAUGAGGCAAAGCAAGCGGGAUACAGCUUACCCCCAAGCCCCUUAAUAACAGCAGAUGAUGGAGGUGAAAGCCCCCAAAAGUAUAGCUUCUUUGAAUAUCCGAUUCUGCCGAUUACAAAAAUGGAGUCCAAUGACUGUGAACUGCCAGCUGCAACUUCAACACCAAGUAAGCCUUCCGAAUUGAGCAUGAAAAACUUUCAAAACCUUUCCUCCAUUAAGGCAGAGAACAGUGACGAUAUUGAAGGCCUAAACAUGAAUUCCGCAGAUAUGUCCUAUGACCAGAACAAAAUGGAUUUUGAUGAAACGUCAUCCAUUAACACAGCGAUCAGUGAUGCAACAACAGUGGACGAGGGAAAUAAUGAGGUUGAAAGUAUAACUGGCAGUACAAGUGAAGUGAAAGCCAUGUAUUCUCCAACAGAUCCCAAAACACCAAUAUCUGUCGACACAAAAACCAACCCAACACCAACCUCUGAGACGUGUGAUGAACGUUUUCCCUUCUCUCUAGUUAGUCCAUCUUUGAGUUUCUCUGGGAGAGACAGUGACCAGUAUUAUAGCCUGAAAGAUGAUGAUCUAGAUGAUAAUGAUCAAAGUGAAACGUCCAGUUUAGCAGACCCAAGCUCGCCAAGCCCCUUUGCAUCUAAUAAUCCCUUCAAGUCAUCAAAGUACAGUGGAGACCGGCCUGGACAUAAGCGAUUUAGAACUCAAAUGAGUAACCUGCAGCUGAAAGUCCUUAAGGCAUGUUUCAAUGACUACCGGACUCCAACAAUGCAAGAGUGUGAAAUGCUUGGUAAUGAAAUAGGGUUGCCAAAAAGAGUUGUCCAGGUCUGGUUUCAGAAUGCACGGGCAAAAGAAAAGAAAUUCAAAAUGAACAUUGGAAAGCCAUUUGUGAUUAGUCAAGGAGGCCCGGAUGGUUCAAGGCCAGAAUGUAGUUUGUGUGGUGUGAAAUAUACUGCUCGUCUUUCUAUUCGUGACCACAUCUUCUCAAAACAGCACAUUGCAAAGGUGCAAGAAACUGUAGGAAACCAGUUGGACAGAGAAAAAGAUUAUCUUGCUCCCACGACUGUCCGCCAGCUGAUGGCUCAACAGGAGCUGGAUCGCCUAAAGAAGGCAACCGAUGUUCUAGGCUUGACAGCUCAGCAGCAAACAGUGAUUGACAGCAAUGCACUACACGGUCUUAGUCUGCCAACUGCAUAUCCAGGGCUUUCGGGUCUUCCACCCGUUCUCCUUCCCGGAGUAAAUGGCCCUUCAUCUCUUCCUGGUUUUCCACCGAAUACACCAGCUUUAGCAUCCCCCGGUGCUGGCAUGCUUGGGUUUCCGACUCCAGCCACCCCUUCUCCUGCUAUGUCUCUCAGCAAUGCUCCCUCCAAGAAUUUCCUGCAGACUCCUGCUUCCCACACACCUCUGACAAGCCAGCAGACUGAACAGCAGCAGAACAAAGACUUGGAGAAUGACAAGAAGCUCGAAAAGGUGAAGAAUGUUCGUGACCGAGAAGUUGAGAACACCACGCCCAGUACACCCAGUCACAAAAAAAGGGAAAAGGUAACGCCAGGGCUUCCCAGCAUGGGCAAAAUAGGAAGUGAGUCGAGCAUGGAUCAAACAAAGAUGCAGGUGCUCCAGAACGCCAUCGCGGGAGAUGCCAGUUCUUUUCUCGGAGGCCAGUUCCUACCUUAUUUCAUCCCAGGGUUUGCGUCCUGCUUCACGCCACAGCUUCCUGGUGGAGUUCAGGGGGGUUAUUUUCCACCACUUUGUGGAAUGGAGAACCUCUUUCCGUACAGCCCGGCUGUGCCACAAGCAAUUGCUGGCCUGUCGCCUACCGCGCUGCUCCAGCAGUAUCAGCAGUACCAACAGUCGCUCCAGGAUUCUUUACAAAAACAGCAGCAGCAGCAAAAACAAGUGGAGCAGCAGCAGCAGAAGGCAGCUUCAGCCAAGUCGCUAAACGCACAGAGUGACGUGCUCAAAACUAAAGAGGUUCCGGAACCCAAGGAAGAUAAAGGCUCUUUAAACGAAAGCACAAAAGAAGAAACACAACCAGAUACCAAAAGUACAGACUUUCUAGAUGCUUACAUUGUCCCGUCCAUCAAGCAUGAGUUUAUAUGCAGAAAGUGCCAGAUGAUGUUUGCUGACGAAGACUCAGCAGUUGGUCACCAGAAGUCCUUCUGUUACUUCGGUCAACCGUUCAUUGAUCCACAAGAGACGGUGCUUCGUAACCCGGUAAACAAAUACAAUUGUCUAGCCUGUGACCUGGCAAUUAACGGGAACGAAGCCCUUGGCCAACACCUCCAGUCAAGCUUGCACAAAGAGAAAACAAUCAAACAAGCAAUGAGAAAUGCCAAAGAGCAUGCUAGAUUAUUACCUCACUCAGUCUGCUCCCCUAAUCCUAACACCACAUCUACCUCGCAGUCUGCAGCUUCUUCUAAUAACACCUAUCCUCAUCUUUCUCGCUUGUCCAUGAAGUCCUGGCCCAAUAUUCUUUUCCAAGCCUCCGCCAGGAAAGCUGCUUCUUCCCCUUCUUCCCCUCCUUCUUCCCUUUCCUUGCCUUCAACGGUUACCUCAACUUCGUGCAGCACCUCAGGGGUUCAAACCUCACUACCCACAGAAAGUUGUUCAGACGAAUCUGACAGUGAGUUAAGCCAGAAGCUGGAUGACUUAGAUAAUUCUUUGGAAGUGAAGGCUAAACCUGCCUCUGGCUUAGAUGGUAAUUUCAAUAGCAUCCGAAUGGAUAUGUUCAGUGUGUAGGAGUGAAAACAGGAUCCCUUGCUUAAAAAAAAAAAUAAGACUUUAACUGCAGUUCCAAAGUUUCUCUAACCCAAAAAAAUUUACAGUACCAAAUGAUUGACUCAGGAUUGUUUUUCCCAUAUUGAUAUGCUGGCAAGAUAAUGAUUGAUUGAUUGAUUGAUUGAUUUUGUUAUGGACAGAACUGUUGCAGAUGCUUGACUGAGCUUAUAUUGUAUACUAAUACACGGAAUAGGAAAAAAAAAAAAAAAAAAUCCCUCAAGUUCUUAGGAGCUUGUUUCAAGCCAAAAACUCUCAUGAUAGCAAAUUGCACCUCAGCUGGAUUGAUUUCCAAAAUGCUAGCAUGUACUGUAUGGGAUGAUGAUCCAGAAAACUUUCAAAGAGAAUUUCUCUUAGUUUAGUUAGGUGUAAUUCAGUAGCUUUAAAUUCUCAGGUCAGAGCAUAACAUUUCUCAUUUGUUUAAAAAA